GGCUGUCAACUUUAACCUGAUAAUAUAUACAUAAAGUUUUAAAGCAAGUAGCAAACACUAGCCGACUGCAAAUCCUGAUCCAAAUUUUAGUUCCUAUUUUAUAAAAGCGUUGAAUCUGCGCAUGUUUCGAGCAUUUCUCCAUCCGAGCAUGAAGCGGUUGUCCCGGCGGCCUGUUUCUGAUGAGCAGAAGGCCCAGGCGCAGGCUCACAUGCUGACCCAAAAUGAAGACCAAAGCCGUAUAGAGGUCUUCCUGUCUGUGGCCACCGUCUCGUCGCUGCAUCAAAGGGAGGCGCGGCAGGAACAGCCUGCGCGGCAGGUAGAGCCAGAAUCUCAGCCGCAGAAUCAACAGCAGGACAAUGAGCAAGACAGGGAGCUGGAGCCAGAAGUUCUCGAGAGCGGCGCCCAGGGCGACAACGAGCAGUCAGACAAUGAGGCGGGGCCCUCCCCCUCAGCGCCUAUCCAUACCAGCGAGGGGCAGCCCGAUGUGGGCGAUCCUGCCCGGCUAAAGGCGCUGGCCGGGCGACAGCAGAUCGCCAGGCUGCUCACCCGUCUCGGCGACGGCGCAGAGGGUGAUGGCGAGGCCAACCAGAUCGUGAUGGAGCUGCUCGGUAGCCGAGACGAUUCCCCGCCCCGGCCGCCGCCUUCGGCCAUAGAACGCGUUUCCGAGCAGCUGCUUCGAGUGCUGCGGGAGCAGACGCUGUUAGAGGCAGGCAUCGCCACCGGCAACGAACGGCACCGCUGCUUCAAGUGUGUAUUGCAGAACUAUGCCAAGAUCUACGCGGCGCGUCGCUUCAUGGAGCAACUGCCGCAGCUAGGUCAGCUUGGCCAGGACGCGGAUGUAGAGCAGGAGCUGCUGGCCCGCGUCAUGGCAGAAGAGGUGCUGCAGAUACCGGAGCUGCUGCGCCAGCUCUGGUCGUCGCUGGAAAAGAUGGAGUUCUUCAACGAGGAUACCGCGUUUAAGGCCUAUCUGGAGGCCCGGCGCAACCCGCAAGCACGCAUCCUGUGCGAACUCAUGCUCACUCGGAUCUCUCGCGUCUUCCUUUGCAUUGUCAGCUCCACAUUCUUCCUGGACUUCACUGAGCAUGAGCUUACGCACAUUCUGCGAAACUGCUACCUCAGCGUUAACUCGGAGAUCGAGAUAUUCCUCUCUGUGGUGCUCUGGCUGGAGCACAACUGGUUUGAACGGGGUGACUGCGCUGAACGCAUUAUGGCAGAGGUGCGCUUUGCCCUGAUGCCCACCUGGUACCUGUGCACAUUGGACAGGGCCAACCGCUGCCGUCACUUUUCCCGGGUGAUCCACAUCACCGGAGUGCAGCGCAUGAUAACCCAGGGCCUAGAGGAUGCCGUGACCCUCAAGAGUAAGAAACGCUUCAGCGCUGCCGCAGGACGACCCACCACAGGCCAUCCACAGGCCAAAGAGGAGGCACACCUGGCCCGCGACUGGAUCGCAGAUACUGAAUGCCGCCACCACCACAAGCGCCAUUGCGAGCGAUUCGUUUACCCGACCUACGACGUGUUCAAGGAGUACCUGGCCAGGAUUAUCUGUUGCGCUCCCAACUAUUGGCGCAGUUUCCGGCCCGCCCAGGAGGUGUACCGCAGCGACUUUCGCUGCUGCUCGCCGCCGCACUUUAACUAGGCCCGUCCUUGUAUCCGUCCCUCAGAUCUCCUUGUCCCGCUCGCUUUUGACUCUGCGGCUUAAAUUUUACGUGCGAGGAUGUUUGUUUGGAGGAUGAGAAUCUGUAUGUCCCCCGUCCAUGGAUCCUUCCUGUGUCCACUGUACUUUUAGCAAUCCGCUUAAAAGCUAAGGUUCUGACGGCCUGUGAUGUUCCGCAUGUUUCCAAUCAGUCGCCGCCGCUGAUGCAGCGCCUUAAGGCAGUUGCGACUACUCGGCAGAAAACGAUCCAGCUGGAUCCGCAGAAGCAUCACUCAUCGCCUAACACAUUGGCCAAACCAAGAGCCAGAAUAAUAAAAGCAUUAUUAAAAAAUUA